UCAAUGUCACCGUGACACCAGUGUGUUUUGAUUUGGUAGUAAACAUUCAGUCAGGGAUUUUAACAAAAAAAAAAUAUAUAUAGUGAGAUUGUUUUUUCGCAAUCACUAUGAAAUUAUUGUUUUUUUUUAAAAAGCACUAAUACACUAAUUUCCAAAACUAAAUCAUGUCUGAUAAAGAAAAAGAAGUGAAAAAUAAGGGCAGUGGAACCGACAUUAGUGCUUCUGGGGACGCCAAGCUGCCGAACGAACAGGACACCAAAUUGAAUAAUAUUUUGAAAAACAGACUCAAAAAAUACAUUAAAAAACUAGACGAUACUGGAACGAGCAUAACAAAACAAGAAAGUGAAACAAUUGAAGUGGAGACAUUCAAGGAACUUUAUCAACCCAAAUUGGACAAUGAUGAAUCUUACAAAAGCAUACCUAAAUUUUACUACAAAUUACCCCGUAAUGAUGAUGUCCUAGCACAGAAACUACGAGAAGAAACUCGAGCACAAUUUCUGCAGAAGAAGAGCAAGGAGCUACUCGAUAAUGCUGAGUUGAAACAUCUCUGGACCCUGUUAGAGAAGACCAACGGGAAUUACAGCAGCUCCAACAAUGAUGAGUUGAUCAUAGACUAUUUUCAAUUUAAGAAGAUCAGAGAAGAAGCUGGACCUAAAUAUAGACCGUAUUUCACAGCAGAAGUUUUUGGACGUCUGCAAGCAGCCGAAGGCAGUGUUGGCAGGAUUCGUGCUGUCUCUCUAUUCAACUAUGUUAUGAGACGAGUGUGGCUGCAGCAGACGAGAAUCGGACUAUCUCUCUAUGAUGUUACGGGACAAGGCUAUCUCACUGAGCAAGAUUUGGAGAGUUACAUAGCAGAGUUAGUCCCGUCUCUGGCAGCUCUAGACGGUCUGGACUCAUCAUUCACCUCGUUCUACGUAUGCACGGCAGCGAGGAAGUUCCUUUUCUUCCUCGACCCACUACGGAUCGGACGUGUAAGGAUCAGCGACGUCCUAUCCUGUUCUUUCUUAGAUGAUUUACUUGAGCUCCGCGAAGAAGACCUACCGAUGGAGUUGCAAGAGCAGAACUGGUUCAGUGCGGCCUCGGCGCUACGCGUCUACGGGCAGUACUUGAACUUGGACAGAGACCACAACGGGAUGCUGAGUAUAAACGAACUGGCCGGCUACGGCUCCGGCACCCUGACCCAGGCCUUCCUCCAGCGCGUCUUCCAGCAGUGCCUCACGUACGACGGCGAGAUGGACUACAAGACGUACCUGGACCUGGUCCUCGCCCUCGAGAACCGGAAGCAGCCCGCCGCGCUCGCCUAUCUGUUCAGAGUGUUGGACAUCAAUUCCGUGGGCUACCUCGACGCUUUCACCUUGAAUUAUUUCUUUAAGGCGAUACAGAAACAGAUGAUAGCCCACGGAGCCGAGCCGGUCAAUUUCGAUGAUGUGAAAGACGAGAUAUUCGACAUGAUCCGACCUAAAGACCCGACCAAGAUCACACUUCAAGACCUGGUGAGGAGUGGUCACGGGCACACCGCAGUCUCCAUACUGCUGGAGCUGCACGGCUUCUGGGCUUACGAGAACAGGGAGGCUCUGGCAGCCGCCGAUCACAACACUUGACACUCGACCGAGGGGGGGAGGCUGGUCUUCGGGAAUAAGGAUUACAAUAAGACUUAAAGUGAUUGAAGAAUUGUGGAUGAUGUUGUCGGUGACCACGAGUUACUGGUCACAAUGAAACUGUCAUAUAAAACUGUGUAUUCAAUUGAAUAUGCAAUUUCGAAAAGGGCACAUCUCUGUAAAUGUAAAAUGUUCAUGAAAUGAAAAAAACCUGAUUAUUUUCUAAAGCAGUGUAAAAUUUAAAAUAUUAACUUUUGAGAUAUAUUUUAGUGUUAAUUAGUAAUUGAAAAUUACUGGAAUUAUUUUAUAAAAUGGGUGUAGGUAAGCCUCAAAACUGCAUGUACAAUAUGAAAAAACGUAUUUUACAAAAUAUGCGACAUGUGCCUUUGGAGCUUACGACAAAGGGAAGAUCUUCCACCGAGCGGGUGAUAUUUGCUCGGUAGACCGACGGUCCGAAUGUUGUUGUUCAGAACUUGUAUAUAUGAAUGCAUACUAGGCUUUAUCUUGAAAAUGUCGUAAGCGAGAUUCAGGCAUCUGUCAAUUAUCUUGCGUUGUAUGAUGGCUACCACCACAUGCCCUUUUCGUAAUUGGAUAUUCAAUUAAUUUGUUAAGAUAUUCAUUUGUUUGGAUAAAUUAAAGUAUAUGGUGCUAAUAAAGCUUUUAUUUAAAUGCU